UCAUAAUAUAUAUGGGAUUUCCAAAAUUAUUAAUAGAGGGUAAACCUAAAAAACUCGAAGAAUUACAAAGGAAUAUCCAAAAAGAACUCUAUGGUAGCGGUAAGAAAUUCUUUGGCGAUCAAUCGAAGUGUUCAAGAGGAGAAGGUUGUUCCGGCUCGAUACCGUCAAGAAUUCCUGACUGUUGCGUGGGAACAGGUUCAUUUUCGAAGUAUUUUUCCCUUCCAAUAUUUUUCCAUUGGGGCUUCCCUCAUUCCGUUUAUCGAGCAUAAUGAUGCUAAUCGAGCUUUGAUGAGUUCAAAUAUGCAACGUCAAGUAGUUCCGAUUAGCAUCAUUAUGCUCGAUAAACGGAAUGAGGGAAGCCCCAAUGGAAAAAUAUUGGAAGGGAAAAAUACUUCAAAAAUGAACCUGUUCCCACGCAACAGUCAGUAAUUCUUGACGGUAUCGAGCCGGGUAUUAUACUCCAUAUGAAUAUCACAUACAUUAAUUGGACUGAGCAUUUCGACCUCACGAUUCUAAGUAUGAUCAUUCGAAAAAUUCCUUAAACAAAGAUAAUUAUAUAAGAAUUGAACCACAAAUACUGUGUAACAACGUCAUAUCUUGCUACUUGAGUACGCCCUAGUGUUUGAAUGUGUAGCAGCUUUCGAACUCAUUGAAAUCGUGUUUGUCCCAAAUUUACUGUUUCUUUUGCUACCUCUUUUAUCAUUAAAUUAACUCUAGUGAUUUACGUUAUUUUGAUACCACAAAAUAUAUCGUUAUAAUACUUAAUUAUUGUUUUUAUUAAAUUUAUAAUUCUAAUUACAGUGUCACUCUUUUUUUAACAAGAAAAAUUCAAACAUCUUACCAUGAAUUUCACUCUUCCCUUCCUUUAAAAACGACCCCUAUAUAUUCUCAAUAUGAAUUCCGCUCUUCUCUUCCACAAGAAUCGCCCCCUGUAUAUUCUCAAUCGGUUAAGCUUUCCAAUUUGACCAAAGAAGCAGGGAUACUUGAGAUGAAGGAAGAACAAACAACAAAAGAAAAGUUGCAAACAAGUUAACAGUUUUUUUACAUGUGAGAGAUAACAUGAUUAUGCAAAAGCCUACCGGUUGUAGUAGCAGUAGUUGUGGCGGCAAUGAUCAUGUGGAGAUCAACAUACUGCUAUCCAGACCGACUCCCAUCCCCCAAUCCUCCGAUCAUCAACGACAGGGGGACGAUGGUGAUGCCACCAUCGGAGCGACCAGGCCGGUUCGACCUACGAUCGCCAACUCGGGUCCUGUUUUGUUGAAGCGAGUAUGGGAUUUUGCCAAGGAAGACAGGAACAGAGUAACCUUCUCUUGCAAAGCAGGGCUGGCUGCAGUUUUGGUGUCAUUCCUUGUUCUCCUCAAUGCGCCUUACCACGUCUUUGGGAUCAACAUCGUCUGGGCUAUCCUCACCGUAACCAUCAUGUUCGAAUACACCGUCGGUGCCACUUUUAAUCGAGGGUUUAACAGAGGGCUUGGAAGCCUGUUGGCAGGGGUGUUGGCCAUUGGAGUUGCAGAGAUGGCCAUUCACAUGGGCACCGCUGCUGAGCCGAUUGUGAUUGCCAUCAGCAUCUUCAUCAUUGGUGCUCUAACGUCAUUCAUGAAACUGUGGCCAUCACUAGUGCCAUACGACUACGGGUUCAGGAUCAUGCUCGUAACUUACUGCUUGGUGAUUGCGUAUGGAUACCGACUCCGAAACCCGAUCCAGACAGCAUUGGAACGGCUAUACUGCAUUGCCAUCGGAGCAGUGGUAGCAGUUGCUGUCAAUGUGCUGGUAUUCCCCAUAUGGGCAGGGGAGCAGCUGCAUAGGGAGCUUGUAGGCAGCUUCAACUCAGUUGCUGACUCUCUCGAAGCAUGUGUGAAGAAAUACUUGGAAGAUGAUGAGGCAGAGCAUUUGGAGUUAAAGACUGUGAUGGAAGAGUUCCCAGAUGAACCAGCUUACAGGAAGUGUACUAGUGCUGCGAAUUCCUCCGCCAAACUUGAAUCCCUGGCGAAUUCAGCGAAAUGGGAGCCACCACAUGGAAGGUUCAGACACAUGUACCCAUGGUCGGAAUAUGUGAAAGUUGGAGCAGUUUUGAGGUACUGUGCUUAUGAAGUUAUGGCACUUCAUGGUGUUGUGCACUCCGAGAUUCAGGCGCCACACAACCUGCGGAUUAUAUUCAGGUCACAGAUUCAGGAGAUGGCCAAUGUAGCUGCGGCACUCAUCCGUGACCUGGGCAAAGAUAUAAGCACCAUGAGAAGAAGCCUUCGAAACAUGAAAAGAGUCCAUGACUCUGCUGAGAAUCUUCAACGCGCAAUGGAGAUGCAUUCUCACUUGCUGCUAGUGACAGACUACAACUAUUCCAAGCAGCAGGCUCGAGAUACCAAGUUCGUCAGCAAAAUCUCAGUCCAAGCAAGCAGUGGAGAGAGAGAGCCAUCAUCUGGGGAAAUCCAGCAGUCUGCUCCACCGUCGGAGGAAGAACCUCUUCCAAAAAUGAUGGCAUGGAGGAGCACCGAAGUGCUGUCACUUGCAACUUUUACUUCCUUGCUUGUUGAGUUGGUAGCAAGGCUUGAUCAUCUGGUUGAAGCUGUCGAUGAGCUAUCAAAGAUGGCCAAAUUCAAGCAUACCAGCAAUGAGCUUUUGGGAAUGCACAACAGCAUAACUCAUAGCAGCCCGUAGAUCUUUUGGCCGCUAAAGUGAAAUAAACGAGUAAAAACUCAUCUUGUGGCGGAACUUAUUGCAAAUACUCAGGAAAGAAAAAUACUUCAUCAAAAAAUAAAAAUAAAAAGUGCUUUACCAC